GAGGAGACUGUAGCUUCUGUAAGGAAGAACCGACAUGGCUCUGGGUGCCCUAAAGAGCGACUCGUACGUGGAGCUGAGUCAGUAUCGGGACCAGCACUUCCGGGGAAACCGGUCUGAUCAGGAGUGUCUGCUAAAGCACAGUUGCACCUUGUAUGUAGGAAACCUGUCAUUUUAUACAACAGAGGAACAAAUCCAUGAACUGUUCAGCAAGAGCGGCGAUGUUAAAAAAAUUGUUAUGGGGCUCGAUAAGAUUAAGAAAACAGCCUGUGGAUUCUGUUUUGUAGAAUACUAUACAAGAACAGAUGCAGAACAAGCAAUGAGGUUUAUCAAUGGUACACGGCUAGAUGAUCGAAUAAUCCGAACAGACUGGGAUGCAGGAUUUAAGGAAGGGAGACAGUAUGGACGUGGGAAAUCGGGUGGUCAGGUCAGAGAUGAGUACCGCCAAGAUUAUGAUGCAGGAAGAGGAGGCUAUGGUAAAAUUGUUCAGUCGAUAUGAAGCACAACACUGUUAGUGUCCAUGUGUAUCUGCUGCCCUUAACCUCCAAAGCUGUUUUUACUCAACAUUUACUUCCAGAGCUUAAUUGGACUGUACAUUGGGAGUAUCAAACUGUGUUCUAAAGUUCCUUCAAUCAACUGUAUAUAUGUAUGCAUUGCUGGACAUUUUUUUUUUAUUUUAAACAAUAAAACUCAAAUGGGUCUA